AUGCACUUUCUAAAAUAUCUUUCUCUCGUUUCUUCCGUCGUGGCCAUUGCCUCUGCCACUCCAGAUGCAUCUCCUGAUCGAGAUGUUGACGCCACGCUCUUUAAACUCUCAGAGCUGACUGGCCCUCUUGUGGACGGACUCACUACGAGCCUUGCUGGUGUUGCUCUGCCAGGUAUUAAUCUAACAGAGACCAGCACUGAAGGCAAAACAAUCAAGCGGCAAGCCCAGAGUCCACAGCAAGGACUCUCCGAUGCCUUGAACUCCUUGUUACCGGGCGUCUCCACCAUCCUCAACAACGGCAUAAUCAACCAAAUCUUCGACCUCCUCCGCGACGGCAAAAACAUCUUCACCCCCGAGUGGAAUGAUAAAUUCAACGACGUUGCAGACCAACUUACCCCCCUCGCAAACGACCUCGGCCUCUUCCUCGGCUAUCUCAUCCGCGUAAUCCUAACAGGGUCUUUCAGCGGCACCGGGACAACCGAUACGGGACCGACAUUCACGCAGCCUUCUUUCCCUGAUAACACUGACGCAGGGUUCAACUGGCCAGACUUUACUAUUCCCUUGGGGGGUGGGAAUGCGGAGGCUUCGUCUACGGAGUCCCCUGUCCCUUCUGCGACGUCGACGGGCUCUGGUUCCUCAGGGCUGGGGAUUGAUUGGUCUGGGCUUGGUGGGAGUGGUGGGUUUGGGUCGUCGUCGGCUGGUAUUAGUGGCCCUACGCCUACGGGGAGUGGUGGGUAUACUCCUAGUUUGACGACGCCGACUGGGAGUGUGUUUACCGGGGCAGCUGCAAGUGCCUGUAUGGAAUCGUUUCUGGGGUUGGGGUUCGUUGCAGCCAUUGGUGCCGCUGUUCUUGUUUAG